AUGCACAUCUUGCAACUACAACUUAUUGCGGAGAAAAUCGAUCGACUGUCCGCAGACCACGGAGACGAACUGUCAAUACCAGGGUCUGGAGCAGAGCUCUACGUGAAGAGCAUAAAAGAUGACUUAUCAACCUUUCAACAACGAUUACCGUUCAAUAUUUAUGACUCUCCAUUCAUUGCACUCCUUUUCAAAUCAACCAGUCUUCAUCUCUACCAGUUAGCCCUCAGCGUGACAAAGCAACAACCCCUCUCAUCAUUCCAAGCUGCUCCCAUUCAAACUUGGCGGGACGAAUUGUCGAAUGCUGCCGUCAUUGCAGUAGAAUCGAUUCUUGGCAUCUACCUCUCGCUCCCACCAGCAUCAGAACUUGGCUUCACUAACACGGAAUGGGUACAGCUGGGCUUUGCCAUGCUCAUUGGGCUCCGUAUCACGGCUGCAUCACCAAGCCCCGAGAGAAAGGAGGCAUAUCUUCAAACUCUAGCAUUGCUUCGACAGCGUGUAGGAGCUUUAUCAACACCUUUUGUCGACCACAAUGGGGAUCGGGACGUCUUUGUGGAUUUUAGAAAGCGGAUCCUUCAGAUACAGGCCCGUCUUGAUGGGGGUCAAAAGAAUGAUACUCCCAGUGGUGACCUUCACUUUGAGGGUCCCAUCAAUGGCACUCAGUUUAUUGAACCGGCAUUCUCGCUUCAAGAGGCCGAUUCGAGAGACUGGACUGACGCGCCGCAAGACAUGCUUGGGUUUACGGAGAAUACCGGGCUACCAGAUGAUUUUCUUUUGACCACUUCUGUCGAACAAGUGAUGAAUAAUUGGAUGUAG